AUGAUACGUACAUUGGUAACAUUAGGGCUUUUAGCUACAAUUUCAUACGCCUUAUAUGAAUCAAAAGGUGACGUCAUCGAAUUGACGGCAAAUAAUUUUCAAAAAGAAGUAAUUAAGUCAGAUUCAAUUUGGAUUGUUGAAUUUUAUGCUCCAUGGUGUGGACAUUGUAAAAAUUUAGUUCCAGCUUAUAAAAAAGCUGCUAAAGCAUUAAAAGGUUUGGUUAAAGUUGGUGCUGUAGAUAUGACACAACAUCAAUCUGUUGGUGGACCAUAUAAUGUUCAAGGAUUUCCAACUAUUAAAAUUUUUGGAGCAAAUAAAAACAAACCAACUGACUUUAAUGGACAAAGAACCGCUGAGGCUCUUGUUGAAGCUGCAAUCAAAGAAGUUACUAAGACAGCUAAUGCUAGACUUGGUGGUAAGAGUAGUAGUGGUGGUGGUUCUUCUUCUGGUAAAAGUGAAGUUGUUGAAUUGACAGAAAGUAACUUCGAAAAACUUGUUCUCAAUUCAAAAGAUUUAUGGCUUGUUGAGUUCUUUGCCCCAUGGUGUGGACAUUGUAAAAAUUUAGAACCACACUGGAAAUCUGCUGCUAAGGAACUUAAAGGAAAGGUUAAACUUGGCGCUGUUGAUGCUACCGUUCAUGCAGGUCUUGCCCAAAAAUUCAAUGUUCAAGGUUAUCCAACAAUUAAAUUCUUCGGUGCUGGAAUCAAGAAAGUAUCUGAUGCAGAAGAUUAUGAAGGUGGUAGAACAAGUCAAGAUAUUGUUAAUUGGGCUAUGAAUAAGGUUGCUGAAAAUCUUCCUCCACCAGAGGUCGUUGAGAUAUUAAAUCAAAAACAAGUUGAAGAGGGUUGUAAAGAUAAACAACUUUGUAUUUUUGCUGUUCUUCCACAUAUUCUUGAUUGUCAAUCCAAGUGCCGUAAUAAAUAUAUUUCUGAUCUCAAAGAAGUUGCUGAAAAGUACAAAAGAAAUCUCUGGUCUUGGGGAUGGAGUGAAGCUGGCAAACAAUAUAAACUAGAAGAAGCCUUUGGUGUUGGUGGUUUUGGCUACCCAGCAAUGGUUGCUGUCAAUCCACGUAAACAAAAAUAUUCAAUUCUCAAAGGUUCAUUUGGUGUUGAUGGCAUCAGUGAAUUCCUUCGUGAUCUUUCAUAUGGAAAAGGGCAAACUUUAUCAAUGAAUGAAAAUAAAACUCCAGAAGUACUCACUGUUGAAGCUUGGGAUGGAAAAGAUGGUGUUAUGCCAGUUGAAGAAGAAAUUGAUUUGAGUGAUGUUGAUCUUGAAGACAUUAAAACUGAUACCAAGACAGAGCUUUAA